UGGUUUCUCAUUCAUUGCGUUGCUCAGCCAAUGAGCGGGUUGUGAUCAAUACUCGCAGCGCAUGUCAGUGUUGAGUACGAGAUAGGCUUCAGAACAGCACAUGCUCGCUAGACUGUGGAUGUAGAAUGGUCGUAGAGCGGUAAGAGACACACGCCCCUUUGUGUUCGAGUAUACGUGGUCACACUGCCCUGCCGGUAAUAGAUACCUGGGUAUUCUUCCACCGAGGUCACGUGCUUACAGGUAACCGGAUGGCAAUACCGCGUUUUUAACAUGAUAGACAGAACAGGGGAAUUGACGAGGGAGAAAUAGCUUCAUAUCCCCGAAGCCGAACGGAUUUAUUCGUGGAUUCUUAAUUGGAUUUGGCUUUGCAGUCAGCAUCUUUACCUGGAUUUUGUACCUGAUUUUACCUGAAAGAUGAAACGCGCCGUAUGAGUCACUGGUGAGUCGGCGGUUCCAAGACUGUUGAAAACAUGCACGCGUAAGCAAUGCCUGGGGAGGAUGGACGACCCACAGUCCAGUGAUGGGGAUUCAGACGCGGAGCACCCCCGCCAACCCCUGGACCCGUGCUAUAGGUGUGAGAAGCGAGUGUACCCAGUUGAGAGGGUGGAUGUUGGGGUGCUUUUCCAUCGUCGAUGCUUCCGUUGUCGUGUAUGUGGACUGCAGCUGACGUUACGGACGUUUCACUGGGAUCAGGAGAACCAGCCUGAUGUUUAUUGUAACGCUCACGUUCCCAAACACGUCGCCAAAAUUGACAAGGAUUCUGUUGGAAUUAAAUCAGCAUUAAACGCCCCGAAACGAGGAACAAACACCAGUGAUCAGACUCGCGGCAGCGUCUACAACCCGGGAUGGCAGUACGACGCCAACGCUCUCGAGUUCGCCCACUACAGGGAGAUCUUCCUGAGGGGCAAACAGAAAACAUCCACAGGGACCUACAGCGACUACGAGAAGUGCGGCGUGUUCGACGCCCAGUUGGAGCUGGAGGGGGAGCAGAAAAAGGAGGAGGACGAGCUGUACGCCACCCUAAAGAUGGAAAGACAGAAGAAGAUGAAGCGUCUGGAUGAGGAGCUGAAGGUGGAGAAGGACAAUUCCGUGAGGGACCUGGUCUCCACGCUGGAGCGCUUCUCCCCCCAGAAGGGGAAGAGUGGACUGGCCAAGGAGACCGAGAGGCUGGAGGAGCACUACAAGCUGAAGAGAGAGGAGAAGAUGAGGCGGCUGAUUGAGAAGAUGUCGGUGGAGGAGAGGCAGCACGUUGCCCGGUUAAUCCAGAAACACAGCCAGGAGAUGCUGCUGAUGAUUGCCGAGAGGUUGUCCACUGUUGAUGACCGGAGCUCCCCUGACUCCGAGGACCGGUCACCAACCAUCGACCUGUCCCGGCCCCCUCCCGUCUCACCCCCGGAGUUCAAGAAGGCACAGCUCUUCAAGAGUCCAACCAUCUUCGAGAAGCUGGAUAACCAUGUUCUAGAUGUGGCGAAGGAAGGCUACACAACGUUCACCAACCUCGUGAAGGACCUGAUCGUGGAGUGCGAGACUGACCUGGAGAAGGCCAGGGCUAUUUUCCGGUGGGUGACGUGGACAGAUCUUAACACCCUCGACAUGGAGGAGAGCGUUAAGCCCGACUCCCCCCUGUCUCUACUCCGGGGAAUCAAGUACGGCACGGAGACUUACCAUGACCUCUUCAAGCGGCUGUGCAGCUACGCCGGACUGCACUGUGAAGUAAUCCAGGGCUAUUCUAAGGGCGCCGGGUAUCGGCCGGGGAUGAAGAUAGAAGGUGACCGUUUCCGCAACACGUGGACGGCCGUCUUCAUAAACGGCUCCUGGUGCUUCGUCAACUGUAACUGGGGAGCCCGCCACGUCAAAGGCGUAGGUCAAGGUCAGACAAAAGGUCAAGGUCCCAUGAAACAACAAGUCAGGAUUCGGGACAAGAAGGACGAUUUGAGUCUGUUUUCAUACAAGUGUGACGAGUUUUAUUUUGUGACAGACCCCGAGGAUCACAUAUACCAACACUUCCCAGAUGACCCUGAGUGGCAGCUAUUAGAGUGUCCCAUCACUCUCUCCGAAUUCAUCAAUCUUCCUGUUGUGAAAUCCCCAUUCUUCAACUACGGACUGAAGUUUACUAUGCACUACGACUGCAAGCAACAGACUGAACAUGGCGUAGCAUUAAUUCAGCUCAAGAUUCCGAGUUUAGUUGGGUUCGGAUACACCCUGGAUCCAAAGGACAGACGGAUCGACCCUUCCGCUCUGGAGGGCCGAGUCAUGCUACGGAUCAUAGGUCACAAGGCUAUCUUCACAGUGGCACCCCCUAAAAGCGGGCGUUAUUACUUCACUAUAUACGCUAAAGACGACUGGGUAUCGGACUCGUUACAAAGCGCAUGCGCAUUCCAGAUCAAAUGUCGAGAACGGAAGGAGAGCAUCCGGAGCCCUUACCCUAAAGUGUCAUUUUUCGGUCCCACCCCUAGCAUGAGUAGCUAUGGCUUGUCCCCCCAGACUCACAUUGACCCUGUGGUCACGUGUUCCCACGAGGAUCUGGCGUUUCAGUUCCAUCUUCACCAAGACGUGCGUCUCUCCCACUCUCUUCAUUACCAUGGCAACGAGGCUGACAAAAGCAACGAAGACCUACAACGAUAUGUGUUCAUCAAACAGCGUGAUGACGACUCCAUCGCAUAUCUCGUGCGCUGCCCCAUGGUUGGCAAAUACGUGUUUGCCGUCUUUGGUGCCAAAAUGGGUUCCCCCGACUCUGAGAAUAACGUUCCUUAUGAGUGCUUGUUCCGAUACCUCGUGGAAUGUCGGCAGGGAGCCAAGGACAAACGGCCGUUCCCCAGGGCGUGUCACAGAUGGCAUAACUGUACAUUACUGGAACCCUUUGUUGGUGACCUUGAAAUUGAGAAACGUGUGACCUUCCGAGUGCGUGCGCCGCUAGCUUCAGAUGUGGCGCUGCUGACAGGAGACGCCUGGUUUCAUUUUAAAUUGUUGGCGGACGCCAUCUGGGAAGGCACGGUGGUGACUGGUAAACAACGAUGUAUCGCCAAGCUGUAUGCAAAACUGAACAGAGAAAAAGCGAGAUUCUCGCCAUUGGUGGAAUUCCAGAUCAAAUAAUUCCUGUCAGGACGGUAGACGCAAGUAGGAUGCACGUGGAUGUGUCCCUUUCUCAAGAUGACAAGAACCAUAGAAUCUUGUGGUUGUGAUCGUGUCACAUAUGUUAGUCCGGGUGAAAUGUCAAUCAAAUGUUACAGUGAGUAGAGGGGUGGUUCCUAUAAUGGCAAUGUUAGCUAAACUUCAAAGUAUGUCGAUGUUUGUACUCUCUAAACACACGUGGGUGAUAGCAUUUACAUUACUGUGAAUUAUUCGUAUUUACAUAUUAAAGUCAAAGAUCCGGAUGUUGAUCCGUAGGAGGGUAUUGUUUGUCACGUGACCACAGUUUAGCUGUUGAUACUUUAACUGUAGUGAAUGUAUGUAUGUACAUAUUGAGCUUAGAUACAAGUGUUUGCAGGAACAGUAACGUCGAUAAUGGUUCAAAUAUUCCAACUUUCCUAAGCAUCAUGGCCGAACGAAAGCUACCAUAAUGCAUAUUACGGCGUGACGUUUACCUUAUGACUGAUAUCCAAGACGUUGGCCUUGACCUCUUAAUUUAAAAUCCACAUUGCAAGUCAUACAUCUAAUCAGCGUUACAAAUAUUUUCGUAAUUAUCUAUAAACAUUUAGAAUCAUGAUGGGAAGGAAAACUCUGGUUCAGGCCUGUUAUCCUUGUCGGGAGAAUCCUGGGUUCUUACUCCUCAUAUGUGGAUCCUCUUACUGCAAAGGGAGGUAACUCUUCGCGGAAAACCUUGACGCCAUAGACGACAGAGUUAUCCGUGGCUUACAAAAAGUAUCCUUAAGAAACAUUGAGCGUGACAUGUGAAGAUAGACCCCUGAAGCUGCAGGCCUAUAUGUAGAUACGAGAUGUAGAGUGUAGAGAGAGACAUACAACAGAUAGUUGUUUCAUUCUUCCAUAAAACACGUCUUUCAGGAGACAAGGCCGCUCGGUCUGUAUCAUACAUAUUCCUAGCGUUUCUAGGUGAGAUAUUUAGUCAUUGAGACAAUCAUAGCGUGUAUAUCUAAUAUAUGGUACUUAAUGCGCCUCUUCAUCUCUUCCUCAAGUGAUGCGUGUGUCUUGGCCCAGUCAAGGACGAGGAAUCAGGACUCCCUGAUAACGUGUCACACUCACCUGUGACUGCAUGGUUACAUGAAUGUUUGGUCAGACACACCUACUUGAAGUUAGAACUGAACUGUAUUUAAAAUGUUCGUUAGAGUUGCAUGAUACAGAUAUAUAUGAAUGAAAUUAAUAACAACCUUUAUAAACAACUAUGAGUGGAUAGUAGUUUUGUUUUAGUUCGUAACAAAUUGUAUUUUCCGAGAAAUGCCGGAAGUCGGUUACGGAAAAGAGCGGAUGGUGACGAGUGUAAUCGUUAUCGGUCCGUUCCGUGACUCUGCUAGAGACGAUCUGGCUUGUCCCGGAAAGACACGAGUUCCGUAAAGUGUUCAGAGAUUGGUCAUUUUUACAUGUCAAGUUGGUUUGGCCUUUAUGGAGCUUUGCUCGGGAGUUAUAGAUUGAUGAGUAAAAACUUAGACAGAGCUCCGAUAAUACAUUCAUUAAACACAUGGCAGUGUAGGCACAUGUACACAACUGUAGAGAUGUGAGGUAUGCCAAUCGUUGAUAUGCUUCCAUGCGAGGUGGUGAGUUCUGGUUGUAAGAAUGCCAUAUAUUUGACAGUUUAUGCAUGUAAUAGUUGUAAAUAGCUGACAGAUGUUAUUUAAUACUAUGAAUGUAAAUAGGAAGCUAUUAAAACCGAAAUAAAACAUUGUUACAACA